CCAUGGGAGUCGGCUUCAAAUCGCAGAUGCACUAUCAACCUUGCAGGAGAAAUUACAAAGUUAAAGAAAGCGAUGCCGAGAAAAUUUGGAACACUGGUGAUUUGAGCCGCACCAGCUACGCAACCAAAAAAAUGAUCCAAUGCCUCGCCGAGCACAUAGGACUGGUGUACAACUCGACGCAAACCAACUUGCACGUUUAUAUUAAAAUGGCGUCUAAAAUGUUGCGACGCCUUUACGCCACUAUUCGUGAAGAGAAUACGAAGAAAGCGCAAGAAAUCAUAGAUUCGCCGCCCUCGUCGCUCGAAGCCAAUUACGAUAAGAAGAAGAUGGCUAUAUUUCAGAAUGAGAUGUAUGAAGACUCCCAGGAUGAUUUCUCCUUAACCUACUUUGAUUUUGCCACCGAAAUGAUGAUCAAACUCUACGAAUGCAGCGGAACCAAAACAUCGAACGAGGAAACGUUCGCGUUUGACUUCCUGGUGUGUCUCCUUCAGUCCAAAACGUUGGAUCACUUCUGGAAAUUGUACGAUUUCAACUCUGAACAAAGCAGUGUGAUUCCCGCAGACCACGAACUAAACUUGCCAUGCAUGAUGUUUGACAAUUUUAUUAAAUAUGAUUCUUCUUUGUGCAUUCCAGCAAACGGCUUGCUUCUGCUUACUGAACGGCCUCUUCUUACCCUGAGACCGAUCAACAUACAAAUGUACAACACGUCAUCCAUCACCGCGUGUUUGGAGAUGAAUGGCUCGCUUCCUAACGCGGAAACCAAGGAGGAGUUUGAAAUGAUCUACAAUUAUAUCAGAGGAGUGGCUCCGAAUCUGACGAUCAUCUGGGACCAAGGCUUUUACGACAAGCUGAACAAGAAAUUCAUGUGGUGCCGCAGCGACUUGGGUCCCUCCCAUCCUGGGGCUAAAAUUCCGAUCCCUGUCACCAUGAACGCGACGACCAAACAGGAUUUCGUGAUGCUUGUCUCGCUGCCGGGUGCGACGCCAAAUCUGCACGCCGUCCCCGCCACCGAGCAGCUCAAAUACCAAACCGACGUCUUCUGCCACUUCCCAGAUAACUCUAUGAACGAGUGCACGACCGUGAUACCGAAGAAUCCGUGGGAGUAAUAUAUGCUUUUAAAUAUAUUUCAAUUAGGGAAUUAAUUUGACAAUAAA